ACUGCGCAGGCGCGGCUCCUCCGUCUGAGCGUCUGGUUAGUUUUAAAGAAGAACACCAGAGCAACGCCAUGAAUCAAGUGGAUUCUGUCCAGCAGCAGCGGGCAGGAAGUGUGUGUUUGGAGGAGAAAGUGCAGAAGAAACGCCUCCAUCAGCCGCAGGACGUCGUUUUGAAGCAAACCGCCGUGUUGUCCCCAGAUGUCCAGCAGCUGUUGGUGAUCAAAGAGGAGGUUCCUUGGAGCCCCAGUCUGGACCAGGACGACCCAGAACCCUUCCACAUAAAGGAGGAACCGGAGGAACUGUGGACCAGCGAUGCGGAGACUGACAUCACCAGGUUCUCAUUCGCUGCUGUUACUGUGAAGAGUGAAGAAGAUGAAGAGGAACCUGAAUCCUCACAUCUUCAUCAGAGCCAAACUAAAGACAACAGAGAGACAGAACCUCCAACCAGCAGUUCAACUAAAGCGAUUAAAACAGAAACUGAUGACUUUGGAGGACCAGAACCAGCCAAGAACUCAGAUGCAAAUACUCCUUUACAACCAAAUCCUGAUGGAAAGUCUUCAGACUGGUCUGAGAUAGAAGUCAGCAUUGACGAUUAUGAGUAUGAUGAUGAAGAUGAGGGUGAGGAACAGUGGAAGGAGCCUUUAUCAGAAUCUGGACCUGAAAGUGACGACAGUGACGACGACUGGAUGGAGACGAAGGCAUCUGAGUCAAGCAUAAGUAAUAAUGUUGGAUGUAACACAGACUUAAAGUGUACUAAACAAUUAAUCUGCCAGCCGUCUGUUGAAAGACAGUCGACACAUCCUUCACCAGAAGUGCCCUUCAUCUGUUUGGUUGAUCAGAAAUGUUUAUUAGGGGAGCAAACUGUAGUUUCACAGUUGGCAGCUCAAACAGGAGACAAAACGUUUGGCUGUGAUGUCUGUGGACAAACAUUUAGCAGAAACAGUACGCUUAAGAACCACAUGAGGAUUCACACAGGAGAGAAACCGUUUAGUUGUGGAGCUUGUGGUCAAACAUUUAGUCAACAGGGAGUUCUGCAGAGACACAUGAGAGUUCACACCGGAGAGAAACCCUUUGGUUGCAGUUUUUGUGGUAAAAGAUUUCGACAUCGGUUUAGUGUUAAAAAGCACAUGAGGGUCCACUCUGGUGAAAAACCGUUUUCCUGCAAUGAUUGUGGAAAAAGAUUCACUCAAAAAGCACAUUUGAAUACACACAUGAGAAUGCACACAGGAGAGAAACUAUUUAGUUGUGCUUUUUGUGAAAAAAAGUAUACGCAACGAGUGGAUUUGGAGACGCACGUUAGGAUUCACACAGGAGAGAAACCGUUUGCUUGUGAUGUUUGUGGACAAAGUUUUCACAGAAAGAAUAUUCUGAAGGCACAUAUGAAAGUUCACACGGGGGAGAAACCAUUUAGCUGUGAUGACUGCGGUAAAAGAUUUAACCAGAAAGCACAUCUGGAGAGACACAAGAGAGUUCACACGGGAGAGAAACCAUUUACUUGUGAUGAUUGCGGGAAAAAAUACACACAGCAAGCGGAUUUGCAAAGACACAUAAGAGUCCACACAGGAGAGAAACCAUUUGCCUGUGAAGACUGUGGGAAAAGAUUCACACAAACAGCACAUUUGAAGAAACACAUGAAGGUUCACUCGGAUUAAAAAACUGUACAACUGCAUGCUUUGUUGUUUAAGGUUAAUCAUGUGUAAUGUGGAAUUGUGUUGUGGGGAUGCUGGGCUCUUUAAAAGUCUGUUUUUGUGUCAUAACUUAAUUAAACAAAAUGGCUGAAUGGCA